GUCAACUAAAUGAUUCACGCAUUGAAAAAGCUGAUCCCCUAAAAGGGGAUACAAUCAAAACAGAUAUUAAUAAUGAUGAAGAGAGCGAAGGAGUGAUGAUGAUGAUCAAUGGUGAAUUGGUAAAAGUAGAACAGCUUCGGAGAGAAGAAAUAAUAAAUUGCACUUGUGGCUUUAUGGAAGAGGAUGGUUUGAUGAUACAAUGUGAUCUUUGUCUCUGCUGGCAGCACGGUCAUUGCAACUUUAUUGAAAAGGAAAAGGACGUUCCUGAAAAAUACAUUUGUUAUAUAUGCCGAAAUUCAUAUCGACAACGGCCGUCUAAGAAAUACUUUCACGAUCAAGAUUGGAUUAAAGAAGGAAAAUUGGCAAGUUUACCUAAUCGAACUCGGAAUCAGAAUAUGAUAAAUCAAAGAACUGCAAUGUUAAAACGUUCUUAUGACUUGGUUGCCGCACUUUUACAAAUCCAACAACUUCUUCAUAGUUUGCGUGUAAAAAUCAAUGUAGCACAGAAGAAGGAUCAUCCAAAGCUAUAUCUCUGGGCCAAAAAUUGGGAAAAAAUGGAUGUACCAAAGGUAGAUGUGGAACCGAUACCAGUGAUGGAAAUAACUAAAGCACCAAGUUUUGCCGAUACUGGGUCAGAGAUUCCGGGUAUCGAGAUGAAGUCGGACAUCAAGUUGUCUCUAAAGGACGAUCAAGAUGAAAAGUCAAUUGCUUCCGACUCGGAAUUGAUGAAAAUUUUGGAAGAGGAUAGUACACAUUCCGAUGAAUCCAAAAUUAUCAACAAGAAAGAAGGACAGAAUUCAAAGGAUACUCGUAUACUCUUAGACGCGUUAACAAGCAGUAACUCAGACAUAAAAGAACAGAAUAGUAUUACGCCAGAUAUUAAAACGCAGGAAAACACAGAUUUGUUAGCUGAGAAAACCAUUAUUGAUAAUCCCGCAUCUGAGAAUAUCAAUUCUGGAUCGCUUAUUGACAACGUUCAACGAGAAUCGAGUAUAGCUGUCGAAAGCGAAGUCUCCGUUCUACCGCAGCCCUUCAUACCGGAACCUGAGGCACCGAUUGAUCCAGCCGAGUGCCGAAUGCGCUUGUUGGAACACAUCGAACAUUUUCAAUGUCACAUUGAAUCGAGAUUAACAUCCAUAGAAGCGCAAAUUUUUGCUCUAGAGACAAUGGACCCAGAUGAACUUGUAUUGGAUCCGCAUGUUCAACCUCGUACAAAACAGACAGUCCAGAUGCUCCUUCGUGACUUGAACACGGUCCGAAAGCUAGCAGCAUUAUGUUGAAAAUGUUCUCAAAGUUAAGAGCAUAACUUGUGACGCAUGGCUCUGCGUAAAAACGAUGGACUUGUAAUCAAUGCGUCAGAUUCGAUCCCGAUCAUCAUCUUAAUUACUACCACUAUUACUAAAGAUAUAACAUAAUAUAUUUAUAUAUGUAGAUAAAUGUAGAUAGAGUAUAAACUUAAGUAAUAUUUUUCUUGAAUUAAUCAAGUAAUUGUCUUUAAUUAUUUCUAUUAUAUGAGAAAUAAAAUUCAAUUGUUUGAGACGGUUGUUAAAUAAAUUUACUUGAUUUUAUUUUGAUUUAGAAUUUCAGAAUUGUAACAAUAUUAAGAAAAAGUAAAAAAAUAUUUUUAAAAUCGUAUGUAUAUAUUUUGAAUCUAUGUGCGUGUACAUGUGCGUGUGCUCUCAAGUGCAUUUAUAUCCCUAUUAAUGAUGAGUUAUAACAUUGAGAUGUAGAUAUUUUUCACAUCUUUUUAAUAUUUAUCAAUCUAUAUUUGAAUAUAUAAUUGAAUUUGAAUGUUAAUAUAUUUGAAAAAUUGUUUAUAGAGUCCAUCAUUAAUAUCUGAACAUUUUUUAUAGUUUUCAAAUAUAAUCUUACAUUUUUUUUAAUUUUUCUGAAACAAACCAAAUAUAUUGAUAUUUAUGUAAUAUACUUCAACGUAUUCAAUUUAUGUAUAUAACUAUUGAUUAUACUGUCUGAUAAACUUGAACUUUUUUUAGAACAGUGUUAGAUAAGAAAAAAACAUGUAUAUAACUUAGAAUUAAAAAAGAAGGAUACAUACAUAAUACAAUUAGUUAUACAUACAUAAUACAAUUAUACGUAUAUAUGUAUAUUUUAUACAAGAGAUACAUGUUAGCACGUUACUUAUAGAAUCGAACAUGUAAAGUUUGAUAUUUCAAUCAUAAUUUGAAACAGAAUUUGAUUUCUAAAUAAAAUCGAUUCCCUGCGCGAA